CGCUCGUUGGUGGUGGCUCUUGCACUUGCACCUCAUCAUCAGCCGCCUGGAGUGGUUCUAUGCUUGCUGACACGCUUGCCUGACGUCGCUUGGUCCUGCAGCAGCGAACUGAGACAGGAAGCGUUUGCGCGAUCGUGCUUGUUGCGCAAAGCUGCGGGAUCAUAAAUAGCGGCAAUGUAGAUCUACUGUAUCGUCCGCGACCACGAUCUCGUUUCUCGAGUCAGCAUUUUCCCCUACGGAGUGCGCACGACGCACCGCAUUUAAACCUACCUACUUAGCCUACGCCACCGAAGGUCCCCCGCUACCUGACCGAGUGCUCGCCCGCCGGGAGAUCGCAGCCGCCCGAGCUCGACCGAGUCCGGCCUCUGGACAGCCACCCCGCGCGCAGCUUCCGUCUUGCUUGGUAACCACCUCAACACCACCACCUCCACCACCACCACCUUCUCCUCCUCCCCGGCUUCUCCACCACUACCAUCCUCGUAAGGGUUGGAAUCUCGACUUCGCCAACAGUGCAUUGCAUAAGUCGGCCAGCGGCUCAUAGCCACCAUCGAACCCGGACUUGUUGACGUCAGCGCAAUUCACCUUCCCGCACUGUGUCUGUGCGACGCCUCGCGAACGAACACUCGACGUUGUCGCCAGAAUGGACACACCAGCAGUUCCGGCGCCGCGGGAUGCCCGGGAACGUGCCAUCUUAGAUCGCCUCGUCAUCGUCCGCGAUCAGCUGCUCCUGCUGAAGCAGGAUAGGACAACGUACAUCCGCAGCCAGGACGUCAUUCCGCUGUACGACCAGACCAUCGAGCAGGUCAAGGAACUGAAUACUGUCCGCGCGGAGACCGGGAACAAGGAGGAGAACAGACUGGACAAGGUUCUCGAGAGCUGUUUCCAGCUGCUGUCUCUAUUCUACCUGACCAUUGGCCGCAACAAUGAGGCCCCCGCAGCCGUCGCGCUGACGUCGACCGUCAAGCGCCUGCUCGACCACCUCACCGAAGCCGAUCUGUACUCUGCCAAGGAUCUGGAAAGCAUCAAGUCGACGCUGGCCAAGCUGUUCAAGAGCAUCAGCCAAGCGCAGGAGGAGCAGAACCCUGAAGAGCAGCACUCGCCAUACAUGCUGGCGCUGCUGGCGAAAAGAGUGGAGAAUUGCCAAGCGUCCCUCGCCAACCUGCAGAAGCGACUCGAGCGGAUUGGCGAGCCGCUCCUGGUGAUGCAUGAGAAGAUGAUAUCCAUACUGCGCCAGAUCUCCUUGGCCAACACAAAGUCAAAGUUCUCGACCAGCGAGGUUCAGAAGCUUCGAAAGCAGCUGGUAGAGAUUGGUGAGCAACGCAAGGACGGCAAGUUCACCACCGAGGACGGCACAGAGCCCAAAGGUGGGCCCGAGAUUUGCGAUCUGUACAACCGAUGUUUGAGGUGGUCUGACCUGGUGUUGGAACGAAAAGGACAAGUCGCCGAGCAAUGGCGGCCAACAUACGACGCGCUCGUCGCCAUUCGGAAUGACCUUGAGAAGCUGUCGCUGACGCAAGCUUGGUCGCUCCGUGAGACGGACCUGUAUGACUUCCAGCGUCAAUUAGACAAGAUUGACGAGAGCCGGCAGAGCGGAAACUUUUACGAUGAGAAGGGGCGGCCGGCAGACCUUUGGACGCAGCGUACCAUGCUCUACUUGAUCCGGCGGAGCUACGCGUACAUCUACUCGUUCAUGCUGGCGUCGGAGCCGGUAUCGGAGGCGUUGCUGCCCAUUUACAACCAGCUCCAGACGCUGAAACGGUGCCUGAUCGAGGUCAAGAACAACGGAGGCGUCUCAUCUGUCCGAGAGCUGUACCCGUACAGCAUGAAGCUUACCUCGCUGGAUAACAUGAGGGUCGACGGCAAAUUUGUGGUUAACGGAGACAUUCCAGAAGGCCAAGGAAGUGUUAGCGAGCUUCUCGCCGAGUGCUUCGACAUCAACUAUGACUUGAGAGUCGCAGUCGAAGAGAAUGCCAACAGCGAGUAGAGCGUUGGGGGGUUCGAUGAUUUUGUAUGAUGAGGAAUGUCGCUUGAUGGAAGGUGGCUCGGGCUGAGCCCGGGCGCACAUGAGGGAUUGCGAUGCCAAUCGGUCUGGCUAGCUUUGCGAGGCGCCGCGGUGGUUUUUCUUAAGAAUUGGUGUCCAGCAAUGGGGUAUGGGUCACCGCACAGUGGAUUCUACCGAAGCAAGGUAUGACAGUCUGGACUGAUCACGGCGGCAAUCACGACCUGGGAGACGACAAUAUGGCCUGUCUUGAUAUUAUUGAUAUGAGCUUCAUCAUUGAUGUGAUGGCUGUUUUUUACGGAUUCCUGAAGGCGCACUUGAAGGGGUAGAUUUGUGCCUGUGGAUUGGUUAGUGACGUGAAUCGGC